CAUCAUCCCACUCCCCGUCCGCACUCUUUUCAAGCAUCCUUUCUCACCCUCGCAGGCACUCACUCGUCUCGCCAUCUUCCAAUCCUCAGCUUCUCCCCGCGCGGCGCACCAUGAGACCCGGCUUCUUCCUGCUGAUGGGCGUCGCCCUCGCGUGCUCGGCCUCGCUCGUGAUGCGAGGAGGCGGCGGGGCGGAGGCGGCGGCGGCGGCGCCGGGGACUCCGGUGGCGCAGCACUGCUUGGGGGACUUCGACAAGGUGACGUCGUGCCUGGACUUCGUGCAGGGGAAGGGGGCGGCGCCGUCGAAGCAGUGCUGCGGGUCGGUGGGGGAGAUAAGGGAGAGCGACCCGGCGUGCCUCUGCUUCUUCAUCGAGCAGAUCCACAACGGGAGCAGCCCCAUGAUCAAGAGCAUGAACAUCCAGGAGUCCCGCCUCCUCCAGCUCCCCUCCGCCUGCAACCUCAAGAACUCCAGCGUCAGCGACUGCCCCAAGCUUCUGGGCAUACCUCCGUCGUCUCCGGACGCCGCCAUAUUCACCAACGCUUCUUCUUCGUCAACGGCCGCUCCGACGACCGCAGGAACAGGAACGGGAACACCGUCGUUGCCCGAAAAAGCCAGCGACAGCUCUAGCAGAAACAUGCACGGAUCCAUGAGCGCCUCGGCGAUUGUUCUCGCGACCAUCCUUUUCACCUCGUUCCCUCGCUGGCUCGAGCUCUGAGCCGUCCGGCGAGGCGGUGAAGGCUUGUCGAUCGCGCCUCGUCCUAGUUAUAAUUGUAUUGAAAGUUUGGGAUUCCUGGUCCUAGCUCUUCCGCUGACUUAGAACAAUCUCUCUGCGUUUCUUUGUGCUUGGUUUUUAGCAUGCUUUUCCCUUCAAGCGUUUGGUAUCAUUGAGCUCGUUCUGUUUUUUGGGAA